GCACAUUAACCAGGAAGAGCAAGGCUCGGUUGUUUGGUUGCUGUUUGUUUGAUGGUGCCUUAAGAGAGUGCUUGAGUUAUGUCUCGGAAGAGAGGGAUGUAACAACAGGUUUGACAGCACCCAGUUCCUGUCAUAGCCAUGGUGUGCUGCAAAUCCUGCCCCAGACUGUGCUCCCGCUCGUCGGCCUACACUUUGGCCCUCGGCCUGGGCUUCGUCACCUUGGGGACCAGUCGUAUCCUGCUGCUCAAGUUCUCUGCCAAUGCUGAGAACAAGUAUGACUUCCUCCCUGCGUCCGUCAAUCUACUUGCUGAGGCGCUCAAACUGCUCUUCUGUCUGGUUAUGUCAGUCAGGGUCAUAGUCCGAGAGGGACGAUCAUGCAGAGAGCUGGGCUGCUCCUCCAGCUCUUCCUUCCUCAGCUCCCUGAAGUGGGCUGUCCCCGCUUUCCUCUACUUUCUGGACAACCUCAUCAUCUUCUAUGUGAUGACUUACCUGCAGCCUGCCAUGGCAGUGUUGUUCUCCAACUUUGUCAUCUUGACCACAGCUGUACUCUUCAGAAUUGUUCUGAAGAGGCGCCUUUCCUGGGUUCAGUGGGCAGCGUUAGUUGUUCUCUUCCUGUCCAUUGUUUCCUUGACAACAGGAUCGGGGGGCAACCAAAAUGCCAUAGCUGUGCCAGGACUGCACUCAAACCCCCUCUCCGCCCCCUCCAACUCCUGCCUGCUCUACACACAGCUCCUGGAGCAGAUGAGGAACAGCAGUGCCAGUGAAUCAUGGGCGUCGUCCCUGCCCGGGCAGGCCUGGAGAGACAGGGUAGUGGGGAAGCUUCGAUCUCUGGGUGUGGGUCACAUCCUGCUCCUGCUCCAGUGCUUCAUCUCUGCCAUGGCCAACAUCUACAAUGAGAAGAUACUCAAAGAGGGAGACCAGCUCACAGAGAGCAUCUUCAUCCAGAACAGUAAAUUGUAUGCCUUUGGUGUGGUGUUUAAUGGUCUGACCCUCGGGCUCGGCAGUGAGGCACGAGGCCUCACCAUGCACUGUGGCCUCCUCCAUGGACAUAACAUGUAUUCCCUGGGUCUGGUGCUGGUCACUGCUGCCCUGGGUUUAUCUGUGGCCUUCAUCUUGAAAUUCAGAGACAACAUGUUCCAUGUGCUGACAGGCCAGAUCACCACCGUUCUGGUCACUGCCCUCUCCCUCUUCCUCUUUGACUUCCGCCCUUCACUGGACUUCUUCCUCCAGGCUCCCAUGGUCCUGCUGGCCAUCUUUAUCUACAACGCCAGUCGGCCCAAGGACCUGGAAUACAGCCUGCAGCAGGAAAAACUGCGGGUCAUCAACGGAGAGGUGUUCGAGAGGUCCAGAGGGGACGGUGAGGAGCUGGAGCUCCUGACAAAGCCGAACACAGACAGUGAAUCUGAGGAAGAGUCCUUGUAGUAGUGAGUUACGGCUCAAACCAGGGCAGAAGAUUUUCUUUCUUCACUGCCGCUGCACUAUAGACUUGUAGCCCUGGACGUGGCAGCAGGUCAAGCAUUUACUUGAAUGACUCAGCGGGUGAACAUUGAAUGACAGUGUUGAUGGACAGUGUGAUGAACUCUGUUGAACAUUUGUGAUGACUAAGGCUAUUGUGUAUAUUUUGAAAUGUGCCUGUCUGUUUAAGAGUGCUGUCAAUUAGUCUAGUGGAAGAACUCCCAGUAAUACAUCAGUAUAUGUGCUGAGAAAUAACUGUCACAACCACUGAUGUGGGGUCAGUAAGGGUCUGUUAUGGAUACUUUAUUUCCUCUAAAAACUUAGACUAUGUGCCACUAUUUGACUGCUUGCAGGUGAUUGAUAAGCUUAAGGAUCACAUUUCAUACAGUUUUAUGAUUGUACGGCUUUACACUAUUUUUAACUGUUGUUGGUGCUGUGUAAAAGAAGUGUUUAUUCAAUAUGGUCAAUAUUUAAACAAUAUGGAAAACUUAUGCAAUACAGUCCAUUACAAAGUCACAAACUAUGGCUUCAAAAAUGAACAUGUCCCUUUUUUGAAGCUGCAGUUGGUAACUUUUCUAAAAAUAUCUUUUUGUCAUAUUCACUGAAACUUUCACUAUAUCCUGACAGUAGAACAUGAGACAGAUAAUCUGUGAAACAAUCAGGUUCCUCUGGCUCCUCCUAGGGCUCAUAAUGGUUUUUGUAAAAAUAAAUCCACAACCAACCAAUCAGAGUCAAGAAAGAAAGACGCUUUGGGUUGGUGGUUUGAAAAUAGUUGAUUGAUGAGACUCAACUAUCUUUCUCCGCUCUGAUUGGUUGUUUUUGUUCAGGCCCGGUGGAUUCUUACAAAUCCAAAGCCAGAGGAAAGUGAUUGUUUCACAGAUUAUCUGUCUCAUGUUCUACUGUCAGGAUAUAGUGAAAGUUUCAGUGAAUAUGACAAAAAGUUAUUUUUAAUAGAAGUUACCUGCUGCAGCUUUAAGUCCCGCCCCAUUUUACUAACAUUAAUUAUCAGAUAUAACUAGCUAGCUAACGAUCCAGUAGAUUAGCUAGCUAGUGUUUUGCUAACAGCAGCUAAUUUAAGAUGAAGACUUUUAUCUUUUAACCAUCUUCAAAAUGUCUUUUCAACAUAGAUUAGCCUAGCACAUAGCAUAACUUCUGUUCUGAUGAGGCUGUUAUUGGAACAUGGAACAAAAAGGGGGCGGGACUUAGGAGGGGUUAGUUAUAAAUUGGCAGAAAUAUACGCACAACAGAACUGUUUCCAUUAAAGUGUACAGGCCUACUAUUUUUCUGCUCACACAGUGUAUUUUCUUAACCACGAACCAGAAUCAAUGAGCACCUUUGGCACAAUAGAGCAGUUAGUAUGCCUGAAUAUCUGAAAGCACAACAAACUCUGGUCUCUUACUGGCCUCGAACGUUCUUUUUUUAAACACAUGGCGGAGGUUUGAUGUAUUACAACUGUGAAAUACAAUGAAAUAUAUUUCUUUUAAGAUUCUAGUUUGUGCCAUACAAUUUUAACAUGUAUGAAUGCUAGUUAUUCUGAAAUAAAUUGCAAGUAAACUGCAUUUAAAAGGUGAAAAAUUCACGUGUAGCAACAGCAGUAUAGGAGAGUAGGUGGGGAAAGAGAUGGAGCACUGAUGUGCCAAAAAAGAUGAGGACAAAAGGAAAUGUUGGGAAGCAUGAGUAGAGUACAGGGCAGUGGAGAGAAUGCAAUUGGAAUGGAAGUGAUAAACCUUAUUGUAUUCCAACUUUAUAUUGAAAUGAAAAAUUUCAGAUAUCUUGUGCAUAAUUUAAUAAACAUUUAAGCUGAA